AUGGUGAGAGAUCAGAAGGCCAUGGCGUCGCCGCCGGCCGCGCUCCCGGAGGACGUCGCGCUGGAGAUCCUCGCGCGUGUGCCGGACGCCGCGGGCCUCUUCCGCUGCGCCGCGGCGUGCAGGCGCUGGAGGACGCUGGUGGCCGACCCGUCCUUCCUCCGCCGCCGCUGGCCGGACGGCACGCGCCACCCCUCCUCGCUCCUCGGCUUCUUCGGCCAGGAGUGGUGCCGCCGCCCCGGCGGAGAGGGUCACGGGGACGUCCCUGAUUCGCCGGGCUUCGUCCGCGCGCCGGGGUCGGUCCUCGGGUCCGAACGCCCCUUCCUGGGCUCCUUCGUGCCCGGCGCCGCCGGCAUCUUCGACCGCGCGGUGCCGCUCGCCUCGCACCGCGGCCUCCUCCUCGUGCGCUUCGUCCCAGCCGGCGGCGCGGGCGCGGGCGCGGAGCCGGGCGUCGACGUGGACCACCUGGCCGUGUGCAACCUGCACUCCGGCGCGUGCGACGUGCUCCCGCCGCUCGAGCGCGGCUGGUUCUUCGACUACGCCGACGCGAGCGCGUACGCCGUCGUGAACCAGGGGCCCACGUCCUUCAAGGUGCUGAUCGUCGGCUACAACAACGAGGGCAGCCACCAGUACGACCUCCGGACGUUCUCGUCCGGCGGCGAGCCGAGCUGGAGCGCGCCCAGCAAGCUCUUCAGCCCGAUGGAGCACGGCAUCUUCGGGCCGUUGAAGCAGCGCGGCGCCGUGGUGCGCCACGGGACGGUGCACUGGCUCAUCUGGGACCUGGUGGACUUCCAUGCCAUCGACGUGGACGCCGUGACCGGCCGCGUGUCCCUGCAGAAGCUCCCGGCCCCGAGGCCGCGCGACAUGGAAUACCACCUCUACGACACGCCACGGAUAAGCGUCGCGGCCGACGAGACGGCGCUAUCGUCGCUCUGCCUUUUCAGGGAGCCCCUCCGAGUAGAGACCUGGACGAGGGGGGACGGCGGCGAGGAGUGUGGCCGAGACUGGUGCCGAGCUGGGGUGGUGGAGCUGCGACCACCCGGGCAGAAGCAAAUCGACAUGCCGGUGUGCAUGUGCUUGGGGGAGAGGAGCGGCACGUUGCUGAUCAAGGACCUUCACCGCUGCAUGUACAUCGCCGAUCUGGAAAGCGGCGCAAUGGAGGAGACGACCGACAAGCAGUUUUGCCGUGGUCUCGACGGCUGCAAGACGGCGUUCCCAGUGGAGAUCGAUUGGCCCGCCUUCUUCACGUGUCGCCUUGGUGGAAAGUCAGAUGUUUAA